AUGAUGAAUCUAAUGAAAUCUCUGUCUCUCUUGCUGAUCUGCCUCAUCACCGUUGCCCAUGGACAAGACGGUAGCUCUCAGCAGCCAAGCCCUUCUCCAACCAUCAUGAUAAGUCCUCCCACGGCCAACGACCCUCCCAUUCUCACUAUUCCUACAUCUGCGCCACAGUCAGCCACAAACCUCACGCUUGCCCCAGAAGACCCACAAGACGAAUAUUCUACCUGCACCAAUGAUCCAGAUUGGUCCUUUUCCCACCAAUAUGUUGCUGGUUGGGCAAAAGUGGUUGAAAUCCGUGGAUGUGACGACGACAGUGUCAAGUGUUGUCACGAGGGAAACUUGGGGUACGCCAAGGAUCACUGCUGCAAAUGCAAAGCAGCCGACUAUGAAUGCUCUGGAAAUCCCGAUGACGAUGGAUUCCCGAUUGCCUUGCAAGUGUUGACCUCUGUCAGCUUUGUAUUUUUAACAUUGUUUUCCUUCAAGAUGGUCCGAGAGAGCGAACUCCGCCACAUUCGGCAAACCAUGGCUGCUAGACGACAACAGCAACGGGAAAGCAACCAUACCGCAUUGACGCUAGAGGAAAUGAAUAUUGCCCGAUACGAGCUCUUUACAUCGAAAUUCUUUUUUCAGGAAGUUAUGCCUGAUAAAUCCAACAUUACUGUCGAUGGACUGAGAAGAUCGUCUAUGAAGCUAGGCGAUGACAAUCUCUGCGAUGAAGAAAAUAUCAAAACGGAGGUGGUCGAUGGCGACGAUUCGGUAGUACCUGAAAACUCAGGCCCAGGAAUUAUCAUCAAUGACCAAACUUUGUCAGGGAUGCUAUCCAGUUGGAGAAAGCCAGCAGCCAAGGAAGAAUGCUGCAUUUGCUUGGAAUGCUACACUAUUGGAGAAGUUAUUUGUGCCCCAAUGAAAACAGAAUGCAUUCAUGUAUUCCAUAAGGGAUGCAUGCAUGAAUGGGUGAGAAGGGGUAACGACAAGUGUCCGUUGUGCCGGGUUGAAAUUUUGAAGGAUUAG